UGGCCAAUAUAGUCUGGAAACUAUUACUCUUCUCCUUGCAUUGAAGGUAUUACUUUCCCCUCAAGCUUGUCAAUGUGAUCAGUCUUAUCCAAGCAAAUAUUUUUAUGAAAAUAUUUAGCAUCAAAGAAUUCUUGAAGAUUGAAUAUCCACAUAAUAUACAUUUAAUUCGUGGAAACCAUGAGGCAACAGACAUUAAUGCUUUAUUUGGGUUUCAUACCGACUGCAUCGAGAGAAUGGGAGAACAAGACGGAAUCUGGGCAUGGAACCGUAUUAACAGAUUGUUUAAUUGGUUGCCUUUAGCUGCUUUAAUGGAGAAGAAAGUUAUCUGCAUGCAUGGUGGUAUUGGUCAUUCCAUAAAUCAUGUAGAGCAGAUCGAAAACCUUCAACGACCUAUCACAAUGGAAACUGGCACAAUAGUUCUUAUGGAUCUGCUAUGGUAUGAUCCAACAGAGAACGACAGUGUUGAGGGGUUAAGACCAAAUGCCAGGGGGCCUGGCUUGGUUGCUUUUGGGGGUCAUUUAAUCACUCUUUUCUUUGCAACUAACUAUUGUGGUGAGGAUCCAUAG